AUGUGUCUGUCUUCUGAUGCCUCCAACAAGAACCAAAACACCGACGGUAGCGGUAAUGGCUCCGGUAAUACAACCACUGAUCCCCCUGCCACCACCAAGCCCAGCAGCAACUUAGACGAGAUUCUCUCUAAGCUGUUUGCUUCUUUGGAGGAGAUCCAGGCCCGCAUCAAGGCGUCCCUUGAGAAGCUUGCUAACCAGCUCGGUGAGGGACAGUCAAAAAACGACACGACUCCCGCUGCUCCAGCCGAGCCAGUCGCUCCAGUCGCUCCAGCUCCCGCCACACCGGCUCCCGCGCCCGCUCCGGCUCCCGCAGCCCCAGCAGCCCCAGCAGCCCCCGCCGCUCCCGCCGCUCAAUAA